GUUCUUGGGCAGAUCGCUCACCACUGCAUGAAGCAGCAAGUCAGGGACGCCUCCUUUCUCUCAAAACCUUAAUUGCACAGGGAUACAAUGUAAAUUCUCUAACCAUCGACCAAGUGACUCCACUGCAUGAAGCAUGCCUUGGAGAUCAUGUUGGGUGUGCUAGAAUCCUUCUUGAAGCAGGAGCAAAUGUGAAUGCCACAACAAUUGAUGGGAUAACACCUUUAUUCAAUGCAUGCUCACGAGGAAGUGCACCUUGUGUAGAGCUCUUGUUGGAGUAUGGUGCCAAAGCUCAGUGGGAGACCUGUCUCCCUUCUCCGACCCAUGAAGCAGCCAGCAAAGGCCACAGUGAUUGUCUAGAGGUGCUGAUCUCAUGGGGAAUAGAUGUUGACCAAGAUAUCCCUCACCUGGGAACACCUCUAUAUGUGGCUUGCCUUUCACAGCAGAAACAAUGUGUUCGCAAGCUUCUCUAUUCAGGUGCAAAUGUACAAAAGGGAAAGUUUUUGGAAACCCCAUUACAUGGAGCCGCAAGGCAAUCUAGUGCCGAAAUAAUAAACAUGCUUCUUGAGUUUGGGGCAGACAUAAAUGCCAAAAAUACAGAGUUUGAACGACCUGUAGAUGUAGCUUCUCCACGCAGUGCAGUGGAACGAAUAUUGCUUCUACAAGAAGCUACUCCAUGUUCUCUUUGCCAACUGUGCCGGCUACGUAUCCGAAACUACAUUGGAAGAUCUAGAUUGCAUCUUGUGCCACAACUGCAGCUGCCAACCAUAUUGAAAAACUUCUUACAAUACAGAUAAAGUAGUGACUAGCUUUUCAAAACCUGAACAAGUUAUCUUAACGUAUGUUUCACAUGCACAGUUGUUGGGAUGAGGGAGUAUGUAUGUGUGUGCGUUGUGAGGGGCUCAACCAACUCUUACGUACCAAUCUAUAAUAGAAAACUGUCAUCACAAUUCAAAACUGUGAGAUCCCUUGAGCAACCCAGUGACAAGGUGCUAAUAUAAUUAAACAGAAUAGAAUUUGUUCAUACUCUAGAAAUGUGCUAUGCACUUAAUGUAGCAUUUAUUGAUUAAAUAAUGCACCUUUCCAGGGGAUUCUAUUUUGCACAGGCAAUGUAGUUAAAUUCUUGCAGGGAUUCCAGAGGGUGUGUUCACACACAUAACGCUAAACUGAUCCGUGAAGUUACCACACUGCAUGGUAUCUCACCCUGUAUCUUGGGUUCACACAUUUGUGUAGUAACUGCUCAUGAAUGAUCCCAUCAUCCCCCACAGCUGAGAAUCAAUCCCAGAAUGCACUGCUCCUGCCUGCCCUGCCUGUCAUUCCUCUGUUGGCCUGUAUGCUCCUCUUGGCAUGUUCUCAGCCAGACAUGCCUGGGGUUUUUUUUUUCCCUUGCUGCUCCGUGGGGCCACCAUUUACUCAUUAGAGUGGCAUGGCUGCUCUGCAGGGACAACAGAGCAACACACUCCACUGCAAACCCCACUCUCUGCUCAUGUGUAAGUAUCCACCUGCACCCCUUCCCCCUCCCAGUGCUCCAUCCUGUGUGCAGGAUUGUACACAUUGCAAGUGCGUGCUCUCUAAUGCCUGGCCACCCUGCCUCACCGCCAUGCCCAUGUUGAUGUUGUCAUGCCCAUCUCAUGUGAGGCAGGUGUAGUGGUGAGACGGACAAGGUGAGAUGGCUGCUUUGGCUGCCGAACUCACCAGAAGAAAUGGUGAAGCUGUGGAAAAGCAUCAUAAGUUAAAUCACAUGUCAUGACAAGCAACAGUGAACUGUAGAAACCUUAGAACACUGUUGGUUCUCCAUGGAGAUUCACUGUAAGCAAAUCAACCAUGUUUCAUCAUGUUUAUGGAUUUACCCAUAAUAAGAAACCAUUCCCUGAAUGGCUUGUCAUUACGUGUGAGCACAGCCAAUGUCUUUACUGCAGUUAACUUUACCACUUCCUGCAGAGUGGCCAUUUUCUGGAGGCUUAAGGUGCAGGGGAGAGAUUGGAAUUUCUCACUUUCCAAUUCUUCCCCAGCAUUUCCCCUGUAAAGAACCACAGUCAUGGAAGAAUGACCAGAUCUCUUGUCCUUUCCUGCCAAGAACAAGCAGCCCUUAGUGGGGCUUUCCCCUCAUUUAAUCACUGUUUCUCCCACAGAAUCUGCUCCCCUAGUUGUUUAUGGGAGAAAGCUGCUGCAGCUGAAGGAAUGAAGGAGCUGUAGUUACCAAGAGCAACAAAGGACCCAAGGCUUGCUAAUGGUUGGAAUGAUAUGAUGCUACAUCUUUAGCCCCAAGACUCUUGCAGACUGCUGUGCUAGUGAAACUAUACCAUGGUGGGAUAGGGACAUGGUGAAAGUUUGGGUCUUGUACAUCACACACUAGAGCUUUCAUUCAUAGAUACAGUUUGUUUGCUUCUGUUAUAUUCUGGUUCAACAAUGUCUGUUAUGUAUGUACAUAGACAUAUGGGAUGUUAUAUGCACUCUAUAUAUAUAUAAACAUUUUAAACAUCAAAA